AUGAGUGUACUGGAUUCCUUCUUUACAACUAUUCUUGACAACGCGGCCCCGACUUUGGUGACUGAUCUACGUGGUCGCAUUGUAUAUGUCAAUAAACCGACUUUGUGCUUACUGGAGGGAUAUUACGCUCCCAAGAAAACGUCUGCUUACAACGUUAAGGAUCUUCCAGAAACGAGUUAUUACAUUGGAGAUCAUUACAACAAAUUACUCGAACCCUUGGAUUCCCAUGAGGCCAAAUCAUUUCAAAAUCAUUUCACAAGCAAUGCUCAGAUUAAAAAGGGUACUGAAGUUCGUAGAAUUUUCAAAUGUCGGACAUUUAAAAACAAGAGGCCAAUAAUAUUAGAGCUUUCGACACGUACAUGUGUUCUACCAAAGAAUAUGUCACCAAACAACGUUGUGUCGAACCUACGUCAACCUAAAAGUAGUAACGUAUCUGAAUGUCGAUGUGAACAUAGCGCAGAUGUUAACAGUGUUAAAGAAAAAAAGGAUGAUCAAGUAAGCGUUGUUCGUAAAGAUUCAGAAGAAGAUAUCAGUGUCUUAAGUAGCCAUGUUUACUUCUCUGAGCGACAGGAAACGUAUAGGGAUCAUGUUAUUGCCAAGGGGGAAAAGGAACCACAUCACAAAGGCAUAUUGACGGGUAAUUCCGGUUCAACGGAAUAUACUGUUCCUCCACAUGCGAACUCUCCGGAAGAUCGUCGUUCAAACUUGCACGCGCAGAAAGAUCAGGUAUUAGUGGUAAUGGAUCCUUGUUCACCUGCAGAUCCAACAAGAAACACAGUUUUCAUUAGCACAAUUAGAGACGUGACUGAUUCAAAUUUUGCGGAUUUUGUGCUCAGUGAGGCUGACAAUCGAAUUACCUUAACAUACGAUGUUACGGGAAUAAUACAUGAAGUGUCAAGAUCUUGCAAGCAUAUUUUAGGUUUUGAACCAAAUGAAUUGUUGGGACUCGAUGGUUAUUCUUAUAUCCAUCCUGACGACGCUACCGAGGUUCGCAUGUAUCAUUCAAAACGUGUUUCAGAACCUUAUGGUACCACCCUUCAAAGAAAUUGCUUUCGUCAUCAGAGAAAAGAUGGAUCUUAUUGUUUGUUAGAAAUAUGGUCACAAGGCAUUCAGCCAAAUGGUCGAUGGACAUUUGUAGGCUUCGAUGUCACGAACACUACUGAGUGUGUAAUGGAAAAUCGUGGGUUGAUACCUGAUCAAGCUAUUAUUCGUCGCAGGUUAUUGCACAAUACUGAUGAAGAUACUCAAAAAAAAGUUGCCAAUAAUUUCGUUUCCUUUAUAUGUCACGAAUUUUUAGAGCUUCGUAAUCCACUAAAUGGUAUAAUUGGUUAUACGACAUUUUUACUGGACACGGAACUGACAAAACAACAACGUGACUACGCUGAAGCCAUAUCUUCCAUUAGUAAUCACAUGUGUAAUACCAUUAAUCAAUCGCUCGACUUAUGUCAGACUCAAUCCCAUGGUACUUACAUUUCGGAAAUAGGUCCGUUACAUAUGAGUGAGGUGGUCAAGUUUUGUUUUCUGACAGUCACAGUGUUGGCUAGGAGUAAGGGAACCGAAUUGAGGAUGAAGGAUAACAUCACCCCUUUUCAAAAGUCAAGAGUUCAGGGUGUAGACAAAAAUUUUAAUGUCACUGAAACUGACUUCGGAUGGUAUGGUGACGAAGAUACCAUUAGAAAAAUUCUGUUGAACUAUCUGACAAAUGCAAUCAAACACACGGGUUCUGGUUCGGUGACAGUAGUUCUUGAUGUUGAAGAUGAGAAGUUGCCUGACAAUAAGGAAGGGUUUAUGGCCAAGUGUUCUGUGGAAGACACUGGUCCAGGUAUUCCACAAAAGAAUCUCAAACGACUCUUCCUCCCCUAUUCGAAGUUGGUUUCGUCUUUCGGCGAGAUCAACCAGGAUUAUGAUUUUGUCGAUGGAGUACAUCGCCAUCAGCAGGAUCAGCCACAGAGGAGUUCUGGUUUGGGUUUGAGUAUAUGUAAAGAGUUGGCUGACAAGAUGGGUGGAAAAGUUGGUGUGGAAAGCACAUUGGGGAACGGCAGCAAAUUUUGGUUCACCUUUCCCAUAUAUACUAGCAUGCCAGAAGGUUUUGAUGAUGAAAACGAUCCUGAAACUGUUGUUUGUAAUGUGUCGGAUAACGAAUUUGCUGAUAAAGAAAAGGCACUUAAAGACUCCUUGUGGAAAAAGGCGUAUUCACUUUCUAGUGAUGUCGUUAAUUCUUGUGAACCUUGUGCCUCUAAUGGCGGGCAGAAAAAGUUGUUGAAGAGGAGAUCUCCCACCAAUGGUAGCAUUUCAUCAAUACGCUCUUUGUCUUCAAAUUUGUCAUCUUCGUCACGGACAGAUCCAGAGCUUUCGGAUAAUGGUGGUUCUAACAAAUCCGGGAGUUUGCGAAAAAACAAAAAGCCUGCAAAAGUGCUAAUGGUAGAAGAUAAUGAAGUAAAUCAACAGGUUGCUAUAAAGUAUUUGGAAAAAAUGGGUGAAGAAGUUACUGUUGCUGCUAAUGGUGUGGAGGCGUUGGAGAAAAUGAAAAAAGAAUCCUUCGAUAUUCUUUUUGUUGACCUUCAAAUGCCGCUUAUGGAUGGAUACACAUUAACACGCCGGAUAAGAGAAGCAGAACGUGAACCUAGUCAAUGUGAUAUAUCUCUCAUCUCACCUGAUGUAAAUCCAAUUUCCUUACCAUGUGAUAAUACCUCAUGUCUUCCUUCAUUUUCGAUACCAACAAUACGUCGAUCGCUUACGUAUAAUCAUCGUAAGCAUCUACCCAUAGUGGCGUGUACGGGUAGCGUCCUAGAUAGGGAAAAAGAUAAAUGCAGGCAAUAUGGCAUGGAUGGUUUUUUGACAAAACCGUAUCGUUUGGAAGAAAUGAGGUUGUGCAUCGAAGAGCUGGUGGAUGCUAAUGACGCAUCAAGAGUUGAUAAAAAUUAUGACGAUGAUCAUGUACAAAUAAAUCAUGGAGAUAACCACCAUUACGAAAAAACCAGCGAGUCUUUACAUAUUACACCUAUAUAG